UGCUUAGUACUUGUAUUUUCUAUUGCUUGCUUCUUACGACAAAAUCAAUAAGAAGUUUUAGAAAACAGAGUAAAAUUGUAAAACAUAACAUAAAACUUGAAAAUUAUCUCAGCUUUCUCCAACUUUUAUUGUUUUCUUACAAAACAAAACCUAGAAUGAGUCAAAAUACAAUUUUCCGAAGACCAGAAUAACCACUAUAUAUCUACAAUACAGAGAUGCUAUGUUUCAUCAUUCUCAUCAAAAGCUAUGGCUACUCUCCAAAUACCUUCUGCUCUUUUAAGAUCUUUCCUUCUUAUGUUUUGUCUCUUUGUAAUCCCAUCUCUCUCAUCUGAUUCUGAUCCUUUACAAGACUUCUGCGUUGGCGAUCUCAAAGCUUCUGCUUCCAUCAAUGGCUUUCCAUGCAAAUCAGCCGUUUCUGCUUCUGACUUCUUCUACUCCGGUUUAGGUGGCCCCUUAGACACGUCAAACCCUAACGGAGUAACCGUUGCUCCCGCCAACGUCUUAACCUUCCCGGGUCUAAACACUUUAGGAAUCUCGAUGAAUAACGUUGAGCUAGCUCCAGGAGGUGUAAAUCCGCCUCACUUGCACCCGCGUGCAACCGAAGUAGGAACUGUGAUCGAAGGCUCGGUGUUUGUCGGAUUCUUGAGUACCAACAACACUUUGUUCUCAAAAGUUUUGAAUGCAGGAGAGGCGUUUGUUAUCCCUAGAGGAUUGGUUCAUUUCCAAUGGAACGUUGGCCAAGUGAAAGCGCGAAUGAUAACCGCUUUUAACAGCCAGCUCCCAGGAGCAGUUGUUUUGCCUAGUACUCUGUUCGGCUCGAAACCUGAGAUUCCAAACGCAGUCCUGACCAGAGCGUUUAGGACUGAUGAUACAACUGUGCAGAAUCUCAAGUCCAAGUUUGCUGUUUGAAUCUUUUUAUUUAUGUUUUCUAAAAUAAUUUUUCACAAUAAGCUUUAUAGCAAUAUUGGUAUACACUUGUCUCUGUAAUAAUCGGUAUGAAUAUUCGAAACAAAACAAUAAUAAGAUUGAUCUCUUUCUCUCUCUUUUUUUUUUUUUUUUUAAUUAUAUCCUUCUCGUGUAUAUUUUAUUUGGUAGCCACUGAAAUUGAUUUAAAG